AUGUGGGCAGGAACAUUUUCUACAUGGGUUUGUUCGUCUAACACUUCUGUCGCUCGUAACAUCGCCCAAAAAAACUCGCGGAAUAUUGUUCUCCCCUCGGUUGACGUCUCGUCUUUGCCCAUUACGAGGCGUGUUGCUGGUCACCCUUCAGUUGAUGUGCGAGUUGCCAAAUUAUACCGUGUCCGACGAGGGCCGUUUGGAUCAAGGACCCAAGGGACUCUCGCUCUCCCGGAAUCUCAGUGGCCAUUCUUGAAGCCUUGCUUUGAUCUGAUUAUCGUCACGGAUCGAGACAAUGUCCGAGUCGUUCGAACCUGCUGUUUUUUGGACCUCCGCCGCUCCGGAUGGACUUCAGAUGCGCAAAAUCUGGAAAAACGCGCGAAUUCAACGCCCUCGUUCUCGAACUUGCCGCCAUCGAAUGCUCUCCGACUUCUGCCGCCCUCGCAAUCUUCUGUUCCCGCCUUGACAUGCACCCUGACCGCGACACCCGACCCCGUGGUUGAGAAGGGAAAAGUCUUGCUAGUCAAUGGCAGCUGA